AUGUACCGUCUCCCAACCCUCCUCACCCCCACCUCUACCAGCUCUCCCCUUAUUGGCCUAACCUGCUAUAAGCUUUCUUCUAUUGCCGGACCCAAACUCGACAAUGCGUACGAGGCUUAUUACCCAGCCAUCUGCACUAUGGGGCAACCUGAUCCUAUCCUCAAACCCUCUAUACAAACCAUCGCCACAAACCCUGGAAUCAACAGAUCACAUCUUGAAACCUUUCUGAGCAUAACAGAUGAAUCAAUGAAGGCCGUGGAGCUACACUGUAGUGACUUGGCUACAGCGACAGAUUAUUGCCAAGACACUGACGCAUGUACUGAAUAUGCUGCUUGUGCAAAGGGGCAGGUAUUUACUGUAAUUAAAAGUCAUGCACUGGAUGUCGGAGUGCUUUUUAGUGAGGAUAUGUGUGAGAAAGAGCUGGGGUAUUCUCAGAACAAGUUUUGGGAUGAGGUUUUGCCAGGUUAUGUGGAUGCAUUUUGGAGGGUUUUGAGACGUGGUAGUAACCCUUAG